AUGGAAAAUUUACAAGAAAGGCUCCUUGCCAAUGCAGCCGGCAAAAAAGAAAAGGUCGCCAUUAAAGCGGGGGCGUCUUGGGACACAAUAUCAUUAACUUGGGAGAAAAAGGUCUCUUCUGCACGAAUCCAUGAAGAGGGGACCGCUGAGGGGAGAGCGUCAAUGUUGACAUGUUCCGAGGGUGCUGUAAUAAAGUUUGGAGCAGCCAAAAUCUCAACACAACUUGCAAAUGAGAGUGAGCGGAUAAACCUAGAGAGAGAGACGAUUGAAGAGAGCAGGAUGGAAAAUGCUUCAGCAUCUAAAACCUCUUUCCAGGAAGCUACAUUUACGUCCAGAAUCAAUAGGGCCAUGGAGCGCCCACUCUGCAUUUAG